AUGAUCUACGGAUUUUUCGUCAUUAACGAGAACGGUGAUAUUCGCCUUGCUCGUGCUUAUGUAGAGGUGAGUCAAGAGACAAGAAACCGCCUCGCUCAUGAAGUUUUUCGCAUGGUUUCCACUCGUGCUUCAAAUCUUUGCAACAUUCUUCCUGGAGAUGGUAUUACAAGCUACGAAUUUCAACGUAAGGUAUCUAUUGUCUAUCGUGCAUACGCUUCCUUAUUCGUUAUCACAGUUGUUGAUGAAUGCGAAAAUCCAUUAGCUAUGUUGGAUAUUAUUCAUACAUUUGUUGAAGUUCUUAAUGGAUGCUUCAAGGAUGUCUCUGAAGUUCAACUGGCUUUCAACCCAGACAAAGCUUUACAAGUUCUUGAUUCUUUGAUCAAUGGAGGAUUGAUCUUUGAGACGCAAACUGAUGUAGCAUUGUCUCGUCUUGCAGAAGAAAAUGCUCAGGAUAAGCGCUUUGGCAUUAAAAUGAACAUUCCAGCUAAAUAA